AUGUUCACUGAGCUGACGAAGCGUAUGGGAGGGAUGACCUCCACUUCACACCCAACCGUUCCAACAGAACCCGUCGCCACGGCCGAAUUCAUCACAAAUUCUCUAUCAACACGCUUGCCUGAGUUCGUGUACGAUCCGGACAAUGGUUGUACAUUUGAGGUCUGGUACAACCGCUAUGAGGAUGUAAUCUCAAAGGACAGUGCUACGUUGGACGAUGCAGCAAGAGCUCGACUAAUCGUCUCCACACUCAACGCCAUCACAUAUGCCCGUUUCACGAACCACAUUCUUCCUAAAAGAGCUAGCAAUGUUCCUUUACCGGACACCGGAUUGGUCAAUCAGUGCCAUGCCGUAGCUGAGUUCAAUGACGUCACACCUGAGCGGAUGAAAUGCCUCGCAUGGAUAUGUGGACCAGUUGCCGCAAGAUGCCGUUGUUCGCGCUCGUGCCCUUCGCAAGAUGGAGGACAACCCUCAAACCACGCUAAAGGAGCUUGCUGCCGAGGUUCAGCACUUUCUCGACAUUCGUCAGGAUGCCGCACUCCUCAAACGAUCAAGUGUACCGCAUGUCAACGUCGUGGAUUCGCAAAAGAGUCGAAAUCGUGGGACGCCGUCACCUAG